AUGCAUUCAGCCUCCGCGCUCCUCGCCAGCCUGCUCAUGGCAACUCCAAUCUUGGCCAGCGUCUCUUCACCAAACUACCUCCCUUUCGAGCUGGAGAAGCGGGACUGCGGAUUCAGCUACUGCGAUUGUCAGCGGGUACAAUGCUUCCUUGACUUUUGCUUCGACGACCAUGUAGACCCUUGGAUAUUGGUGGAUAGUGCCAUGAACCAAUACUACGGAGUAGACUGCGGCCAGUUCGACAACUGGAAGCGCAACGAACCUGCGGAAUGGUGCAACGACGGCCUCCGCAAGGGCAACGCCCUCUUCUACAUCAACCGCAAGUUCGGCUCCCUGGGCAAGUCGUUCAAGGUCAACUACUCCAACAACGACAAGAGCAACCCGAACCGGGGAACCGUCACGGGAUCCUGCUGGCCCGUCCAGGACGUCCAGUGCAAUUGCCACAGCCGGUACAACGCUGAGAAGCACGACUGCUCCAACACCUGUGGCUAG